AUGUGUUUGGACGAUAUCUUACACGACUCGCCGGAGGGCCAUCAAACUUACUCGGGUAUGAACUGGUUAGAUAAUGUAUUGGAGGAGUCGCCUGAGCUCCAUCACCUUGACCCUGAAACUGCAGCAGACGGCAGCUAUAAUGUCCGGGCCUCCGAUGGCACCAUUUGUCGGUACUUUCCCGUGGGUCCAAAUAAUCCAGUUGCCUACUGGACCAGACCCUCUUCAGUUCAUCAAACGUAUCCUAGACACGAUCAAAGCAAUCAAUCGGAAGCAGCCCAGGUCAGGGCAGCCCAAGAGUUUAGGCAUAUGUACAUGAAUCCUGGCCGACCCUUUACGGCUUCUUCUACAACCGGGACAACGCCUGCCGAACCCUUUAGAGCUUCUACCAACAGGGCCACCCCUAGCCAACCCUUUACGACUUCUACGACUGGGACGACUCCAGGGCAUCGGCUGGAUCAGAUUGCACCAACACCAAGACAAAACAGGACCCACUUGGAUAUUCGUUCAAAUCAACCUACGGUUUGCUAUGAGAAUUUUGGGCAGCUGGGCCCGGAGGAUGAGAUUGAACUUCUUCGACCCACCGGAGAUAUUGCCUCAACAUCAACUCGCCUCUCCAAUCCCACUGACAUUGAUACCGAGCCUAAGAAAGUGGAACGGACCUUCUUGAUCAAGUAUCGUUUCCACCUACCCUGGUCAAAUCCGUCUCCCUCGAAAUCACACAAAAGGAAACCAUCUGGAAUCGAGAUUCCUAAGACAAAACCAAUAAACUCAGUGCCCGGUAAACUUUCAAUUCGUUGGGAUCUUGCCGACUACGAUGUCCCAAAAUUCAAGAAUGCUGUCAUCGCCGAAAUCUUUGGUGAGGACAAGGACCUCGCCGCAUUUGUCAAAAAUCGUGAAGCCAACGAAAAGGACCUCACCUGGUAUGGAAUUAUCCUCCAUGAUUCGAGAUUCAAGGCUACCGGGAACCAACAGUUAGAUAAACCGGGAGUGUUCCAGGACUGGCUUACUGCUUGUGUGCCUUUUGAGGAGACUCGAAAGCUGGUCUGUAAAGUUGAGCAAUUGGAUCCCAAAGCGGAGGCUGAUAAGAUGAAUCCGGUCCAAGAAGAGGAACCAUUUGUCCCAUCAACGGCGGCUAACGAUCGAGCAAUAAUUAACGGACUCAUUGGGCAGAUACUUGCGACUCACUCGCCUUGCCCUCGAUUAUCAGGUAGCUCCGAUAAGUCAAUCUUCAUUAAUCCUGAACAAGGCGAUCAGUACUUUGUUGUCACCAUGGCCCGCGCCGACCUCUGGGCAAAGGCCAUUAAUGCAACCCCUCAGGUCGUUGAUCUGCGCACACCUCCAAAGACCCCUGCAUUUGAUUAUAGAACCGGUUUUCUUGACAAUCACGACCAACCUGCCAAACGAAACUUACCAGCUCCUGAGACUCGUCACCAAUGUUGUUCUCAUGAGACUCGUCACCAAUGUUGUUCUCAUAACAGCAGCGGGCCGUCAAUUCACCAUGUCAAUGCAGGUCAAUGCUCGGACCAUGGGGCAUUGACCCAGCAACGCCCGGCUGCCCAUGCUGGGCAUGUAUCAAACGCGAUCAAUAUCACGGGGGUCAGUUCGGCUUUGACAAGUGUUCCAAACAACCCUCGCAUCGAGUCUUCUCCAGCACCAUCGGACGACGAGGAUCCCAUUGAUGUCUUCCUCAAGUUUGCUCGGGUUGAUGUCGAUAGUGAUGCGAUUCGCGAUGGAUUAGCUAAAUUGGGUAUGACUCACUGGAAGAUGUUCCAUUUGGUGACUUCUGAGGAACUCAUCGCUGCUGGAGUUCCAAUGGGUCCAGCAAGAACCCUCGCCGAAGCCGUCAAGAGGUACUCCAAGCACUUGAAAAAUCAAUCCCGUAGCAAUAUUGCACUGAACAUAUGA